AUAACGCACGCGCAUUUGAUACGCCUUAAACAUGGCAGUUUGUGUUUUAUUUGUCGUCCCUGCAAGUGUAGUAACAUAACAAUUAUCAAAGUGAAAUGUAAUAUUAAAUAUUGUUAUGAUGAACGCGGGAUAUUAUUGUCGGAUUAAAGAAUUAUCAUAUAUCCGUAAUACCGCAGGCAAAGUUAUUAUCUAUGUAAACCUAGGUACCGUAAAGUACUACUAGGAAGUGAGUGAUAUAAAUGCGCUCGGCUAUUAGUGUUAUUUUGUCGAGUCCGGUACCCGACAACAAGAUGUCUCAUCCUGAUUACGAGCAAACUGCUCAUGAUCAUGCAGCAUUGCUUCUACUUUUGAGGCCUAUUGGCACACAAAUCAAACAAAAGACUAUUACCAGGUUAUGUGAACGAAUAAUGAAAGCAGGCAGCAGAUUCUCUGUGGCCGAUUCUACUGGUGGAACGCGCGAAAUUCUUGCUAGAUUCGUUAGAGAACAUCCUGUUGAAAAUAACGAUUGGGGAGAUUUUCAAACUCACAGAAGAUUGUUAGGAUUAAUUACUUUUGGCAAAUAUGACAAUCAAGUGGAGUUAAACGAGUUGUGCAGAGUCCAUGAGACUUUAAAAGUAAAGUACAGUGCAACAUUGUAUGAUUCACGUGCUAUUCUUUUUGGGCCAUUAGAAUCAAAUAACCCUCAUGAACCACCAUCAUCAUAUAGUACACCUUCGAAUUUCAAAACUAGAGCUGUGUUUUAUACAGAUGAGACAUGCCCUGAUCUCGAAGUUCAUGUAAUGGAAUGUCUCAAUUCUUUAUUCUGGAUUUUGGAAUCCAAAAGAUUAGAAAGAUCAAGAGAAAAGAUAGACCGGGUCUCUCUUUUACUAGCUCCUUUUGAAAAGAAAGAUUUCAUAGGAUUAGAUCUUGAAUCUAGGAAUAAUAGAAAAAGAUGUGUAGGUCGCAUGACAAAACAUUUGGGUGAUUUAUGUCUCCAAGCUGGUCUACCAGCAGAUGCUUUGAGCAAUUAUAAUUCUGCAGCUAGCGUACUACAAGCUGUAAAUGAUUGGUUGUGGCUAGGAGCAGCAUUUGAAGGUUUAUGUGCUGCAUCUGCUUUAGUGUUAUAUCCAAAUAUGUGUAGAAGUCUUCCAUUGCAGAGAAACUCUUCUCUUCAGGAAGGAAGUCCAGGUAAGCAGAGAAGAGGUUCACAAGCUGUGGCAACUUUGCUAUCGCCGCCAGCUAUAGAGGUGGUAAAGAGUAAUAUGCCACAUAUUUUGCUACCUGAAGAAAUAUCAAAAAAAUAUCGCGAGGCAAUAGUACAUUACAGUAAAUAUCAAUAUGCUGGAAUUAUUGAGACAGAAGCUAGCUUUAAGGCUACAAGAAUUUCAAUAGAGCAAAACUGUACUUUACAAGCUGCUUCAUACUUAAAUAAUGUCAUACUUAUAAAUUUACCAUUAAGUGAGCAAGAAAAAAUUGAUCGGUUCACUACAUUAUCAGAUUUAUACACAAGUUUUGGUUUUAUAAGAAAAGCAUCAUUUUGUCUAAGAUUAGCUGCAACAAGACAUGUAUCUCAAAAUAAUCCUAAUCCAGAUUGGCAACAGUGUUAUAAUUUAAUGCUACAAGCUACUUCUGGAUUUAAAUUGUCCUUAGAUCCUGUUGAUAUGUCUCCUGAAAACCAUAGAGGCUGGCCAGUUAUACAAAUUCAGGUAAUAAAUGAACUUGUUACUGCCGCUAAUCGCAUGGGUAAUCCAGCAUUAGCGACGAGACACAUGACAUUUCUACUUCAAACGAUGUACAAUUACUUAACUCCUAAUGAACGUAAAGAAACUGCUUUGCAACUUCAAAAUGUAUCUCAACAAUGCGAGGGCGCUCCCGUACCUCUCGUUUUAGAUUCUGGAACAGUUAUACCGCCUGCUAAUUUAACGAAUAUUCCAAAAACUAAAUCGUUUAUUUUAAAAAAUAUGCAACCACAUCUUCAACCUCAAAAGAUUGAAAGGGUCAAAGAAGAUCAUGGCCCAUUUUUAUUUACACCCAUUAAUUUUGGAUCUUUAGAGAGGAAAAAUAUAUCUAAGAGUAAAGUAGAUUAUUUAUGGGUAGAAGGUGAUAUUUGCGAAGUAUCCAUGCAACUUAUUAAUCCCUUGCCGUUUGAACUUCACGUUUCCAAUAUGAGGCUUCUUACAAAUGGUGUAGUAUUCGAGUCAAUUCCCGAAAGUAUUACGCUUCCUGCUGAAUCAGGACCAAUUGCGGUAACAUUAGCGGGCAGGCCUAAAGAAAUUGGAGAUUUAGAGAUUCUCGGCUUUAGUACGCAUACAUUAGGGGUGAAAUCAAAUUGUAGAUUAAGGUAUAUGGAGGGAAUGGUUCACUCUCAAUAUACUGUCGAGGUAGUCCCAGCUUUACCGAGAAUAGAAGUAGCCACAAGUUUACCUCAAACUGCAAGCUUUAGCUCCGGAGACAAUAUAGUGACUAGCGCAAGUAUAUCACUAUAUGGUGGAGAAAGUGCCGAAUGUACUGUAACAAUUACAAAUAUUGGCCAAGUUCCUAUCGAAACAAUCGAACUAUCAAUACAAUCAACAUUAGACACAAUACUCGAAAGUAAAAUAUUUAAAUGGAGCGAUAAAAAUUUUAUGGAACAAUUACCCAUACAACCCGGCGCUAGUGCCAGUCUUACAUUGUAUUUAUAUGCGGCUACAGAUUUUAUAGCACCUACAUCGCGAAAUGAUAUUAGCAGCAGUACGUAUCUUAGUCAGCCGAGCAGCUUAAUGUCUCAUUCAGGACACAGCUCGUUACCAUCUAGAUUAAGUUCCCCGUCGCAUACAAAGAGACAAUCCGAAUUAACUUCCUCAUUCAGAUCAGGUUUAAGUUCUCAUUCGGGCCAUUCUUCUUUGGCAAGUUCGCGUUUAUCCAAGCUUGCAGUUCCAUUACAUACUUCAAAUGUUGUCGAAGGGCAAUUGAAAAUAAAGUAUUCGGGUGGUACAGGUCUAACGGCAGGUUAUUGUCGUAUAUCAUCAGUUUUUAUCACAAUUGAAAUGUUGCCUAGUGUACAAAUUACAAAUUGGGAUGUACUUCCAGCAGAAACGCCGUCACAAUUUUAUCUCGUGUUAGAUUUAACAAAUAUGACUAAUCAUGAAAUGGAAUUGCAUUAUACACAAACUAAAUGUAUAUACAUGGAGGGUAAAGAGCCUUGUAGAAUUCCUGUACCGGUUGAUAGAUGUCCACUUAAUAAAUUAUCAAUGUUAAAUGGGGCAGGUGAUAUCGGAGAACUACAAAAAGUUUGUUCCGAACAUAUUGCUUCGUUAGUUGACUUACGGUGGCAAUUAUUGGGCACGGAAUCGAUCGGUAAAGCAACCCUUUCUGGUAUUACUCUCACCCAAGAUAUGUUGGAUCUCGUUAGAAUGAGUCCCUUACAAUGGGAAAUCAAAAUAAACGAUGCAACUGUAAAGGCACAAGAUGAACUUACGUGUAGUUUAGGUGAAUGCGUUAGUGUCGGAAUAGGAAUAUGUAAUGCUUUGGAACAUCCACUAAGUGAUCUUAUGUUAACUAUAAAUUUUUAUCAAGAUCACCAUAAUGGUGUAAAUAAUUAUCAAUUAGAAACGAGAUUAUCCAUUGCUGGCGCAAAUAAAGUCAUGCUUCCAGCAUUACAGGAAUAUGGACGAGUUUAUCACGAAUGUCGUGUAGUAUUCUUUACAGCUGGACAGUAUAAAAUAGAUAUUCAAUGUAGUAGUAAAGAGUCAACUCCAAAUACGCCAGUUCUUUGUUCGGAAUUGAUAAACGCUGGACAUACGUGGCGUUAUAUACCACCGAUAGAAAUAACUGUCGAUGAUUACUGAUGUAAAUGAAAUUAUUAAAUAUGUGAUUUAUUAGACAGAGAGAAAAAUAAAAUAUAUUUAUGCUUUGUUAUUAUCACUCUAUGCAGUAAGAUGUAAAAACUUUUACUUUUUUUAAUAAACUAUCAAAGAAUA